AUGACGGGUGCAGAGGCGGUCCCUGCACUGUCUUUGCCACGUGUUGAGAGUGCUGUGAAGAGUGCUUCAAACAGUUUCGGCCGGUAUGGUGGCGUUGUGCUUCAAGCAGCGGCUGCCUCGAACCAGUCGCUGCUUUUUGCAGCUGCUGCUGGUGGACUGGAAAAUGGGGCCGAAAGGAUUUCACUGAGAGACUCUUUCGAAGUGGCUUCCGUGACCAAGAUAGUCACCGCCACAGCUGUCCUGCAGCUGGCAGACGAGGGGCUAUUGCACUUGGACCAGGACUUGGACGAGGUCGCUGAAGGCCGGGUGUCCGUCAUGAUUCAGGAGAAGGUUCCAAAGUGGCCAUUGAGCAGACUCCGCGGCGUCACCAUAACGCAGCUGCUUCAGCACACCAGCGGUCUUCCAAACUAUUGGAAAGGUGCUUUCGUCAAGACGUUUGAAGCCGACCCCGACAAAGCGUGGUCUACCUGGGAGCUCUUGGGCUACGCAGCGGACAUGAAGGAGUCUUGCCCUUUGAGCAACAGAGGGUUGCCCGGUUCGUUUGCUUAUGCCGACACGAACUACUUGCUGCUGGGGGUUGUGCUGGAGACACUCACAAACAGCAAGCUGCCAGAGAUAUUUCGAGCUCGGGUGUUCGAUCCAGCAGGAAUGUCCAGAACAGGCACGUACUGCAGCUUUUUGGAGCAUAGCCCGCAAGAUGCACCUCCAAUGGCAAAGCGCUAUGUAGGACACACGCAGAUUACAGGAAAAAUGCAGCAUUCAGCUGACUCUUUUGCCGCUGGUGGGAUCGUCUCUACGACCAGUGAUCUUCAAAAGUUGAUGGCAACACUUGCGCGUGGUGAUCUCUUCCCCAUCGGCGGCAAGGCUACGCUUGAAAGAAUGAUGUCAUGGAUUCCCGCAAAGCGCGGAGCUGGUUUCUACUAUGGCCUUGGGCUGAUGCGUGUUGAUCUGGAUGCUCAAAAAGGUAUCUUUAAGCGCUGGUUCUCAAAAGGAAAGCCGUGCGGCUUCAUUUGGGGGCAUGAAGGCUUCGGGGGAGCUUUCUGUUGGUGCUGGGUUCCGGGCGACAACAGGCCGCACGUGAUCAUAUCUGGUUCUACCAACAACGAGGGCAGGAGCUAUGGAGUGCUGAUUGAACAGCUUGUGGAUGAUUUAGAGCCGCACCUGGUCACCUUGAAUUUUGAAGGGCGGCUGGAGAGUCCUGUCGUCAGUACCUAA